AUGAAGUUGAGAGGUAUUACCGAUGUAAGAUGUAGAGGUAAUCUAAUUUUAAAUAUUUGCUACAGCAAUAAUAAGAACAUUUUAUGUAGUUGUGGGUAUGGUACAGUGUGGAGUGUCACUUUGUUGGGUGUAAAACAACCAAAUAUGUUAUAUCGAAAUAGUAUACAAAUAAUGUGGUUUUUGAAUAUAUCUCAUUUGGGGUAUUAUUUUGGUGUUGAUCAAGUUAAUUCAAUUAAAAUGUGUGCAGAAGCAAACACAAAAAUCGAUCUUAAUAUGAGAGAUGUACAUGAGAAUGGUUGUUAUUCGAUGUUGUUGGAAGCUAUCCGUAUCAUUGCAAAGUUAAAUAUGUUUUGGUAUUCAAAGUUAAAAUCUGAAAUGUCAACGAAAGAUUCAUCUCCGACAUCAGGUUCUUUCGGUUCAUCUUAA